UCUAGGGGUUUUUCAUUUGUUAGAAGGGUUUUUCAUUUGGUAGAACUGUCACCAAUAACCGUCCUCAAAACCAACCCACUUCCUUCUUCAUCAAAGGCGGCACCUACUAUAUCUAUAUCUUCCAAAUUCCAAUUCCAUUUUCUACAUAUCUAUGAAUUUUGUUUCUCUUAACCCUUUUUCUUCUUCUUCACUUUUCAUUUUUCUUCAACCAAUUUUCAUCUAUGGUUAAUUUAAUGUUCACUACCACUGUUGAAUCCUUACCCAAUUCUCUUAUCCACAACAAAAAUUUCAAAUUUUUGAAAAAAUCUCAUUUGGGCUUUUCAUCAAACAUGUGGCGAAAUGUUUCCAAACAAGUCUGCAUAGGUUUGUUACGUCGGAAUGUUAACUACCCAUCUCUUGUUUUCUCUCAAAAUUCCAUUUUGUCGGGUAAUAACAAAGUUUUGUGUAAUAUUGGGAAGGAAAUUGGAAGUGGGCGUGUGAGUAAAUCGAGGUUUCAGUUAGUUGAGAAUUUUGGUGGGUGUUGUUGUUCGCAAUUUGAUGCAAAGGGUUAUUCUAGUGUUGCUGAGGCUGUUUCUUCUACUGAUGUUGAGGAUGAGAGGAAUUUUCAUAAUUCGGGUUUUCGAUUUGAUGCUGAGAGAUAUUCUAGUGUUGCUGAGCCGCUUUCUUCAACCGACACGGAGGGAGAUGAUCUUUCUGUGAUUGAUGAUGAAAUUAAAGAGUUGUUGGAGGAGAUGGAGAGAGAAGAUAAGAGGAAGAUUGAUGAGUUUAUGUUAAAAAAUGAGGGGAUUUUGCAUAACGAUGCAGAACAAGCUGAUUCUGCCCCGGUUGAUGACGAAAUUAACGUGUUGUUGAAGGAGAUGAAGAGAGAAGAGAGGAAGCAGAAUGCCGGGUUUAGGUGGCAUGGUUUGCCAGAGGCGAAAUACAAGGAGUUGAGAAAAAGACAAGUGAAGAUUGAGACUGAACUUUGGCAAGAAGCUGCAAGGGAAUACAAAGAGCUUUUGAUGGAUAUGUGCGAACAGAAGUUGGCACCUAAUUUGCCUUACAUGAAGUCACUGUUUCUUGGUUGGUUUGAGCCUCUAAGGGAUGCAAUUGAGAACGAGCAAGAGAUGUACCGAAAUAUGAAGAAGAGGACAGCUUAUGCACCUUACUUUCUUCAGUUGCCAUCCGAUAAGAUGGCUGUAAUUACUAUGCAUAAGAUGAUGGCGUUGUUGAUGGCAGGAAGUGAGAAAGGAUUUGUUGGCACUGCUAGGGUUGUCCAGGCCGUGUGCAGUGUAGGUGAUUCCAUUGAGCAAGAGGUUAGAAUACACAAGUUCUUGGAAAAGAGUAGUAAGAAAAAACAUGAUAAAGGCAAGAAAAAGGAAGUAGUUGAGUCCACUGAAGUCAUAAAGGAAGAAGAGAAACUGCGUAAAAAGGUCAUCAAUUUGAUGAAAAAGCAGAAGCUUGCUGCAGUGAGAGGAAUAUUGAAGGGCCUUGACGAUACAAAACCGUGGGGACCAGUUAUGAAGACAAAGGUAGGAAGCCGCUUGAUUGAACUUUUGGUUCAAACGGCAUAUAUUCAACCACCAUCAGAACCAGAAUCAGACCAGUCACAAGAUGGUGGACCUGAUAUCCGUCCUGCAUUUGUGCAUUCAUUUAGAACGAUGAAAGAGGCAGCGAAAAUAGGCAGAAAAUAUGGUGUUAUUGAAUGUGACCCUCUAAUUCUUAAAGGGCUUGACCGAACUGCAAAAAGUAUGGUCAUUCCUUAUAUGCCUAUGGUUGUUCCACCGGUCAACUGGACAGGUUUUGACAAAGGCGGAUACUUGUUCUUACCCUCCUAUGUCAUGCGCACUCAUGGAGUCAAGCAACAACGAGAGGCUGUUAAGAAAGUCCCUAGAAAGCAAUUAGAGCCUGUAUUUGAGGCUCUGGAUACUCUCGGGAAUACAAAAUGGAGGGUAAAUAACAAGGUGCUCAGUGUUGUUGAUAGGAUAUGGGCUGGUGGAGGCCGACUUGCUGGUUUGGUGGACCGCAAUGAUGUUGAAAUUCCUGAGGAGCUAGAAUCUGAUGAUGAAGCAGAGAAAAAGAAAUGGAAAUGGAAGGUCAAAUCUGUGAAGAAAGAGAACAGGGAGAGAUAUUCACUACGUUGUGACACAGAACUUAAACUUGCUGUAGCACGUAAAAUGAAGGAUGAAGAGUGUUUUUACUACCCGCAUAACCUUGAUUUUCGGGGCCGUGCAUAUCCCAUGCAUCCACACUUAAAUCAUCUUGGUUCAGAUGUAUGCCGAGGGAUAUUGGAAUUUGCAGAUGGACGUCCUCUUGGAAAAUCUGGUUUGCACUGGCUGAAGAUACACUUGGCAAAUCUUUACGGUGGUGGUGUUGAUAAACUAUCGAAUGAAGGUCGCAUAACUUUCGUUGAAAAUCAUCUUGAUGAGAUAUUUGAUUCUGCUGAACAACCUAUGGAAGGGAGACGGUGGUGGUUGAAUGCAGAAGAUCCGUUCCAGUUCUUAGCUGCAUGCAUGACUCUAACUGAAGCUUUAAAAAUUUCUACACCAGAGUCAUUUAUAUCACAUAUUCCAGUACAUCAGGAUGGCUCUUGCAACGGCUUACAACAUUAUGCUGCUUUAGGAAGAGACAAGUUAGGAGCUGCUGCUGUCAAUCUAGUUGCAGGAGAGAAGCCAGCUGAUGUUUACUCGGGUAUAGCAGCUAGGGUAUUAGCAAUCAUGAAAAUCGAUGCUCAGAAAGAUCCGGAAACUUUUUCUGAAGCUCGUCAUGCAAAGAUUUUGGUUAAUCAGGUGGAUAGAAAAUUGGUCAAGCAGACGGUGAUGACAUCAGUUUACGGUGUCACAUACAUUGGAGCACGGGAACAGAUAAAGAGAAGGUUGAAAGAAAGAGAUGCUAUUGCAGAUGAUUCAGAGCUCUUUGGUGCUGCUUGUUAUGCUGCAAAGGUGACCUUAACCGCCUUACAGGAGAUGUUUGAAGGCGCGCGAAGUAUCAUGAACUGGCUUGGUGACUGUGCAAAAGUGAUUGCAUCUGAAAAUGAACCAGUGUGUUGGACCACUCCUCUUGGACUUCCCGUGGUGCAACCUUACCGUUAUCAAGGAAGGCAUAUUGUCAAAACUUCACUUCAAAUGUUAACAUUGAAACGAGAAACCGACAAGGUCAUGGUCAAGCGGCAGAGAACCGCAUUUCCGCCAAAUUUUGUUCAUUCACUUGAUGGUUCUCAUAUGAUGAUGACUGCGAUUGCCUGCAAAAAGGCAGGAUUGAGUUUUGCAGGGGUCCAUGAUUCAUAUUGGACGCACGCAUGUGAUGUUGAUAAUAUGAACAGAAUACUAAGAGAGAAGUUUGUAGAACUCUAUGAGACUCCAAUUCUUGAAAACUUAUUGGAGAGCUUUCAAGAGUCAUUCCCAUCUUUGGAAUUUCCACCCUUACCCGAACGUGGAAACUUAGAUUUGAAUGAAGUUUUAGAGUCACCAUAUUUCUUCAACUGAUACUGAUCUACUGUCUUCUCUAUGCUUGGAUUGGAUUCAGUCUUUUAGACUUUGCUGACAAUAGUUGUCUGUGUGAGCUCGGCGCAAGGACGAUAUAACUGAUGAAAGUUCUCAUUCUAGAGGCUAUUUCGGUGUCUGUAUAUAUCUUCAACGGCAUGCAGAGUUUUAAGGAGGGCCUUAAGCGAUGACAUUAUCUUCAUCCUACUUUUUGAUCCGUGAGAGAUAGAAGGCUAUUUACGCUGGUGUGUGCAAUAAUCAAGAUUCAGGAAUGAGUUAAAGUUUGCAUUUUCGGUCACUGCAGCAAAGAAAAUAGAUUUCAAUUAUUUAUUUUUAAAAGAAUCUUGGGAACUUUUCAUAAUUUGAGUAGCAAAUUUGUGACCAAACUCAACUCCUGAGUCACCUUGCAAAUUAUGCCAUGGAUAGCUGCAGAGAAUUCUACACUAUACAACUUUUUAUAUUGUUGUAAAUAUAGGACAUGUUUGAAUUAGUGUAGCCACAUGAAUUAUAGUAAAUAAUUAUUUUCACAAGUUUCACA